AGUGGACGCGGUUGCCGUUGUCAGCUGUCAUGUGAUUCGGCAAGUGUCAUAAAGUAAGCGGAAGCAAAUCUGCUGACUUGCCUGGGGUAGGUUAGUCGGGUAUAACAAGAUCGAAGCGCGUGACCAAGGCGAGUCAUACACUUUCACGGCUGCAGAAAGCAACAUUGUCUGCAACCAUGGUGGUGAAGUAUGUUACAUGGCUUUUUGCUUUGACCAUUCCGCUUUGCUGUGCGCAAGGGGGACCCUAUCUGCCUAACUGGAAAUCCAUAGAUUCGAGACCUCUGCCCAACUGGUACGAUGAGGCCAAACUAGGUAUUUUUAUUCACUGGGGAGUUUUUUCGGUCCCUAGUUUUUCGUCAGAAUGGUUUUGGUGGAAUUGGAAAGGUGCAUCAACCCCUGCAGUUGAUGCUUUUAUGCAAGAAAAUUACAAACCAGAUUUCACGUACGCUGACUUCGGACAGGACUUCACUGCUGAGUUUUUUCAGCCUGACCAGUGGGCAGAAACUUUUGCAGCGUCCGGUGCAAAGUACAUAGUCUUUGUAAGCAAGCACCAUGAAGGCUUUACUAACUGGCCUUCCAAGUACUCCUUCAACUGGAACUCAAUGGAUGUAGGGCCAAAUAGAGAUAUUGUCGGAGAGUUGGCAAAAUCAAUCAAGACUAAAACCUCCAUCAGAUUUGGACUUUAUCACUCUCUUUUUGAGUGGUUUCACCCGCUAUAUCUCAAGGACAAAGCAAACAACUUCACAACUCAGGAUUUUGUUUUUAGCAAGACUUUACCAGAGUUGUUUGAACUGGUCAACACUUACAACCCAGAAGUAGUUUGGUCCGAUGGUGACUGGGAAGCCCCAGAUGUUUACUGGAAUUCUACAGAGUUUCUUGCUUGGCUAUACAAUGAAAGUCCUGUGAAAGACACCGUUGUGACUAAUGACCGCUGGGGCAGCGGAGUCUCUUGUCAUCAUGGUGGCUUUCUUACCUGUACUGACCGCUACAAUCCAGGUGUCAAGCAAAACCGCAAGUUUGAGAAUGCCAUGACUAUUGAUAGGUACUCAUGGGGUUAUCGACGCAAUGCCCGGCUGUCAGAUUAUUUAACCAUGGAAGAACUCCUGCAAACAUUUAUCAUCACUGUCAGCUGUGGAGGAAACAUGCUAAUGAAUGUGGGCCCUACAAGCUUUGGUACCAUCGCACCUAUCUAUGAGGAGAGACUCCGAAAUGUGGGUUCCUGGCUGACUGUCAACGGUGAAGGAAUCUAUGCCAGUCAUCCUUGGACAUAUCAGAACGAUACAGUUAACAAAGAUGUCUGGUAUACAAUGAAGAAAGGUGUCCUCGGAAGUGAUGUCUAUGCCUUUGUCCUGAAGUUUCCGGGAAAUGGCAUUCUCACUUUGGGAGCACCAAGCCCUUCUAGCAACACCGUGGUCACUUUGUUGGGUUAUUCUGGAACAUUUAGCUACAAGGCAACUGGCAAGCAAGGCAUGACCAUCUCUGUGCCAGCAAUCAGCAUUGUGGACCUUCCAUGUCAGUGGGCAUGGACCUUCAAGCUGACCAAUGUUGAUAAUUAGCACUUCAAUGAUGUGCUGUUGCCCUUGGUAUAAACGUUUUGGCAUCACCAGAAUAAUAAUUCAAAUUGAUUUGCAUACACAUUCCAUGCAUUUUCGUAGUUGGAUGCCACAGCUGAGUGCUGCACCUUUCAAUAGGUUAUGAAUACAAACGUAUCAUCUUGUGGAUUUUGUAAGGCGGAUAUACCUGAAAUAGAUUUAUUAAUGCCCUUCUUAUUAAAUAUGUAUUUUGAGGGCAGUUUCCUUUUCUUCCUUGUGUUUGGUGCUGUUUAUUUGUUGUGCCAUAUUUCAUUCCAUUUACUGAGGGUAACAUCCUAAAGUACUUAAAAAAAUGUUUGUUGUAAGCCAACCAAUCAAUUGUGUGCAAUUUAUCUUAUUGCCAUAUAGCUGGUUUUUGUGCAUAAUUAUAUUUGCCAAGACAGGUGAUAGCUUUCAACGCUUGCGUCAGAGUGGAAAAUUUCAUGCUGCUUGUGUGGUUUUGUAAUGAGAAUUUGUGUUUAGCUUUCUUAUAGGCUAAAUGAGUGCAAUUUUUCUUUUUAAUUUGUUGGGUUUAGUUGGUUGCUUCCUUAUUGGGCAGUUUCAUUAUCAUACAUUAGAAAAUCUUAAAUUGGCUGCAGCCUAAACAAGAGUUUAGAUUUAGAUUAUCUGUGCAUUAUAUUUUCUUACAAAAAUAAAAACUCUGUUCUUAUUUUUUAAAAGAUAACAGCUAUAAAGUUGCCAGCAACCUGUUUAAUUUCAUUUUUGACUCGAGUUAACAUCUGAAAAAACUAAUUGUCAUUUGCACAUAAAUUUGUAUCAAAACACUUUUUCCUGUUGAUCCAAACAUUUUAUAUUUUAGAUAAACACAUAUACAGUGCAUUGCCCUUGAUCCAGGAAGUAUAUCUUUUAUACCAGUUUAUCAUCAGCUUACAUUUUGAACUGUGUUAAUUUUUAUUUUUAAAUGUGUCAGAGCAUGUUAUUUUUAUGACAAAUGAAAAAUUGUAAAUGUAAUGUGCCAUUAACCUAUCACAGGCUUUAGCUAUGGACCAGAAGUCUACAUUGUGUUGAGGUGGCAGGAAUUAGUCAUGGAGGUCAGCAAGAUCAUAACUUGUAGAUCCCUGUCUAUUGGCCUAUGUCUUCUGUUCCAAUUUAUGGCAUUGAGACACAAAGAAACUAUAUGCUACCUCACACAAAGCUUAUAGCUGUCUUAUGCUCAUUUCCAGCUUUUACCAAGAGGGCUAAUCCUGUCACGUGCUCUAACAUUUUCAAAUUGAUUUAUAUAAUAAAAACGUUUCCAAAAGUU